AUGGAGGCCAAGGAUAUUGACAAUGCGGAGUCUCCGCACAACGAGAAGAGUGAAAACGUAGUCGACUCGUCAGCGGAUGACAUUCCUGGUCGUCGCGAAUCGGUCUCUGUUGCCGGAAAUAUUGUCCACAACCCUCUUGCGCGCUUAUCCAAGCAAGCAGUCGUCGCCGAUGCGCGCUCUUUUGCUGAAUCCAAUGGCUUGGAAGCAGAAGCAGCACUCUUCGAACGUGCUGCUCUUGUGGCGCGUGACCCCACUGGAUUUGAGAAUCUUACAGAACUCGAGGAUGAUGAGCGUGCUGCGCUGAUCUACGAGAGAGAACACAAGUGGCAUGGAUCGAAAAUGCUCUGGUACUCAAUUGGCUUGUGUGCCGUUGGAGCUGCGACACAGGGUUGGGAUCAGACUGGCUCCAACGGCGCCAACUUGUCGUUCCCCGAGGAAUUUGGUAUUGCACAUGGUGCGAAGAAUGAGUGGAUCGUUGGCUUGAUCAACUCUAUUAUUUUCUUGACUGCUGGCCUCAUUGGCGCCUUCAUUGUUGACCCUCUCAACCACUACCUUGGCCGACGAGGCGAGAUCUUUGUCACCGCCCUCUGUCUUACAGCCACCCCUAUUGGAUCUGGAUUCGCCAAAUCAUGGCAAGGGCUCUUUGCUGCACGGUUUGUCAUGGGCAUCGGAAUUGGAGCGAAGAACGCCACGGUGCCCAUCUAUUCUGCUGAAAUGGCGCCUGCUCGUGUUCGAGGGGCUCUGGUCAUGUUCUGGCAACUCUGGGUCGUCAUUGGAAUUUUCCUGGGUUUCACUGCCAACGUCAUUGUCAAGGACACCGGUGAUAUAGCAUGGCGUCUCCAGCUUGGUUCUGCUUUCAUCCCCUCCUUCAUCCUUGGAGUUGGCAUCUAUUUCUGCCCCGAAUCCCCUCGAUGGCUCAUGAAACACGGCAAGAUCGCGCAGGGCUUCAGAUCUAUGUCUGCUCUUCGCGCCCACCCUAUCAUUGGCGCACGAGACUACUACUAUUCAUACGUCAUCUACCAGGAGGAGCUCAAGGUCGCCCGUGGUGCUGGAUACUUCACCCGUCUGUGGGACUGCUUCCGCGUUCCCAGGAUCAGGCGUGCGAAUUACGGAGCUUCCACCGUUAUGUUGGCGCAGCAAAUGUGCGGUAUCAACAUCAUCUCCUUCUACAGCUCUACUAUUUUCCGCAACGUCGGAUAUACUGCUGAACAAGCCCUCUACGCAUCGCUUGGAUACGGUGCUAUUCAAGUCGUUUUUACGAUCCCGACCCUGUUCCUUAUUGACACCAAGGGCCGUCGUACGCUUUGUUUGAUCACAUUCCCAUUGAUGUGUCUAUUCCUCCUUGCAGCUGGUCUUUCUCUCCUCAACAACGAAGGCUCACGCGGUGCUCAAAUCGGCCCGGUCGUUCUCUUCGUCUAUCUUUUCACCAUCAUGUACUCACUCGGCGAAGGCCCCGUUGCCUUCCAAUACUCUGCGGAAGUUUUCCCAACCAUUCAGCGUGAGCAGGGUAUGGCCUGGGCCGUCUGCAUCAACAACACCUUCGCUGGUAUCCUCUCCCUCACCUUUCCUCGUAUGAACACAGUCAUGACCCCCACCGGAGCCUUCGGCUUCUAUGCGGGUCUCAACUUGAUUGCGUGGGGCAUGAUUUUCUGCUUUGUGAGAGAGACCAAGCAGCUUACGCUCGAGGAGCUGGACCAGGUGUUCAGUGUGCCGACGAAGACGUAUCUCAGAUACGAGACGAAGGUUUGGCUGCCGUAUUUCAUCAAGAGACAUGUGCUCAGGAAGAAGAUUGCGAAGCCGGAUCUCCUGGAGAAACACAACCGCGAUCGCGGUAUCGACCAGGUUGUUAUUUGA